GUCGCGAGUUCGAGGCCCGCUUGCGGCAGAAAGGAAGAAUGUCGGCCCCGCGGGUGCGGACGGUGCUGGGCACCAUGGAGUUCGGGCGGCGGGCCAGCCGGGAGGCCAGCGCGGCCAUGCUGGAGGCCUUCCUCGCCCGCGGGCACCGGGAGCUCGACUCCGCCGCCAUGUACGCCCAGGGCGAGUCCGAGAGCAUCCUGGGAGCCCUCCUGGGCAACGAGCGCGACGUGUCGGUGGCCACGAAGGCCAACCCGUGGCAGGGGCAGCGGCUGACGGCGGAGGGUCUUCGCUCGCAGCUGGAGGGCUCCCUGGCCCGGCUCAGGACCCCCCGCGUGGCCCUCUUCUACCUCCACGCCCCCGACCACCAGGCCCCCCUCCACGAGACCCUCGCCGCAUGCAACCAGCUCCACAAGGAGGGGAAAUUCAAGGAGCUGGGCCUGUCCAACUACGCGGCCUGGCAAGUGGCGGAGAUCUACACCCUUUGCAAAGCCAACCACUGGGUCCUUCCCUCCGUCUACCAGGGCAUGUACAACGCCACCACCCGCCAAGUCGAGACCGAGCUGCUGCCCUGCCUCCGGCAUUUUGGGAUCCGCUUCUACGCCUACAACCCCCUGGCAGGUGGACUCCUGACCGGGAAGUACAAGUACGAGGACCUGGCUGUGCAGCCGGAGGGGCGCUUCUUUGGCAACGACUGGGCCCAGGCCUACCGGGACCGGUACUGGAAGAAGCACCACUUUGAGGGCAUCUCCCUGGUGGAAGGCGCCCUCCGCGAGGCCUACGCCCCGGAGACCCCCACCCUCACCUCGGCCGCCCUCCGGUGGGUCUACCACCACUCCCAGCUGCAGGGCGGCCUUGGGGACGCGGUGGUCCUGGGGGCGUCCAGCCCGGAGCAGCUGGAGCAGAACCUGCGCUGUGCCGAGGAGGGGCCCCUGCGGCCCGAGGUGGUGGAGGCCUUGGAGCGGGCCUGGCGCCUCUCGGCCCACGACUGCCCCAACUACUUCCGCUGACUGCGCCUCCCAUCAGCCACACACCCAUAGCCUCCCUCUUUGCCCCGAGAGAUCCCGCACCACUUUGGCCUUAAACCCAUGUCCGGCGGUCUGAACGUGCUGCAUUUAUCCCGUCCUGGGGAUGAUGGGACGGGGAGUCACUCACAUGGAGACCCAGGCCGGGCCUUUCCUUUCGCCCUCCUUGAUGAAAUGCUCACUCGUUUAUGUAGAAACUGAGAUUGGCCUCCUAGAAUAAAACCUCUCAAAACAA